CUACACAAUAAUAUAGACAAAUGAAAUGUCAGUUUGUUUAUUUCUUGAGAGGUAAAUUAAGCGAUUAGUAAAGUAGACCAGUAAGAUUUUACAAUAGGCUAGCAGGCACUAGAGCCUGAGGACUGUUUAAAUAUAAGUAUGUGUACACUAAAACAAGUCAUGCUUUGAAUAGACUAUUUUGCCUAGUAGUUGACAUGUACAGUAAUCAUAUCAAUCAUGUACUUUGACCUAGUUGAAGUGCUGUAAACUCAAGACAAGCAGCAUAUAACCACUGACAUUACUGAUAGGAGGCCAUUACAAGAUCAAUGAACACAAGAUACUACAAGUCAGUGAAGUCACAUGCUAAACAGUGUAAGGCUCUCUAGACAAAGUACAAUACAUGAUGGCUUGGGCACUAUGCAGAAAACUUCCUUUGAAAAAAAUAGCUCAUAAAUGGAAAACAUUUGGAGUACAAGCAAGUGUGACAAACUUUUCUAACAGGACAUUAUCAAGUGAUGUUGUGAAGAUACAUCCAGAAAUUCAGGAUGCUAUCACAUGUAAUAAACCAGUAGUUGCCCUUGAAAGUACCAUCAUCACACAUGGGAUGCCAUAUCCCACCAAUGUGGACACUGCAAAGAACGUUGAGGCAAUAAUCCGAAACAAUGGUGGAAUACCAGCAACAAUCGCCAUAAUAUCUGGCAAAAUCCACGUCGGUCUUGAUGAAUCAAAGUUAGACAAUCUAGCCAAUCAGAGUGAUGUCGUGAAAGUAUCUAGGAGAGAUCUACCAUAUGUUAUAAGCCAAAGCCUGCAUGGAGGAACAACUGUAUCAGCCACGAUGCUCAUCGCGCAUAUAUGUGAUAUCCCUAUAUUUGUGACUGGUGGAGUAGGAGGAGUUCACAAAGGUGGUCAGUCAUCUAUGGACAUCAGUGCUGAUCUUACAGAACUUGGUCGAACUCCAGUGACUGUGGUUUCAUCAGGAGUGAAAUCAAUAUUGGAUAUUGGACGUACAUUAGAAUAUCUUGAAACUCAGGGAGUAUGUGUCGCCACCUAUGGUCCAUCAAAGGAAUUUCCAGCAUUUUUUACCCGAUCGAGUGGUUUCCAAGCUCCAUACAAUGUGGAAACUCCAGCUUCUGCAGCUAAAAUGAUGCUCUCUCAUGCAAAGCUUGGCCUGCAGAAUGGUAUGCUCAUUGCUGUUCCUAUACCCAGUAAACACGAAACUGCAGGUCAGGAACUAGAAGAUGUGAUUAACGACGCCGUAACCAAAGCUGAAACACAGGGUAUUACUGGUAAAGCCAUAACACCUUUCAUACUUCAGUAUGUUAAUGAACAGACUGGUGGUGAAUCCCUCAAGGCAAAUGUUGCACUGAUUGAGAACAAUGCUGAUGUUGGGAGUAAAAUUGCAGUUGAACUGUCGAGGCUUAAACAUAAUGUAAAACCAAAUCAUUUGAAUGGUGCAUCAUAUUCAAGCAAGCGCCACUACAGCAGUGAUGCCUCAAGGAAAUCUAUGAAUAAUAGGCCUGUUGUGAUUGGUGGCUCAAUCGUGGACUACGUUGCUAGAAUCCACCAGGAAAAAUUUCAACUAAAUGGAAGAACAUACCCUGGAAAUGUUAUGCAGACAUGUGGCGGAGUUGGACGCAAUAUUGCGGACUGCCUAACACGACUUGGUACCAACCCUUUAUUCAUAUCAGCCAUAGGCACAGACACUCAUGCUGAUGCCUUGAAGAACUAUUGCAAACACAUGGACUUUGCAGGUAUAGCUGAAGUCCCUGAGCUUCAAACAGCAACAUACUGUGCAGUUAUCCAACACCAUGGUGAUCUUCUUUUUGGUAUAGGUGAUAUGGACACACAUGAAUAUGUUACACCAGACCACAUUGCUAACUUUAAAGAUGAUAUAGCAGAUGCCCCACUAGUUGUUAUGGAUGGGAACAUAUCAGUUGAAGCCAUGGAUUAUAUAUGUGGGUUAUGUUUGGAUUAUAAUACACCUUUAUGGUUCGAUGCAGCCGAUAUGUCAAAGGCCAGUAAGCCAUUCCAAAGUAGCAAAGCAGGGGCUAUCGUAUAUACAUCUCCUAAUGUAAAUGAGUUACGUUGGAUGCAUGCCACUGUAACAGGGACAGAGCCCGGUGCUAACACCUACAAAAACACAGAAGUGAUUGAGGAAUGUCUAUUCCUCUGUGAAGAACUUGUAAAACACAUUCCCAACAUUAUUGUAACCCUUGGUGAACAUGGUGUUCUGGUCUGUCGUGACACUGAUGCAAACAACAGAUUUCCAUAUAAAGGCUCAAAGCGACCGGCGGUGAGAGACCACAUGAGUGCGGUACAUUACCCUGUUGGACCUGUUAACCCUGGAGACAUAGUGAGUGUAUCUGGAGCGGGAGAUUGUCUCAAUGCAGCCAUGAUAUCCCAAAUAAUUACUGGCAUUCAUUCACCACGUCAUUGUGUCUUGUCUGGCUUGAUUGCUGCCCAUAUGUCAUUGAUGUCACACCUGACAGUACCAGAGACCAUCAAUAUGAGGGCACUAGAAGGCAACUACCUUCUACAUGGUUGUGAACCUAUCCCAGUGCUAUCAAGUCUAGGUUGGAAAUAUACCAUCAACUAAAUCUUCUACUUAGUAUUAUAUAUACAUUUCAGUGUUAGCUUAUAUCAAGUUUACUGUUAGUCACUUGCUAAAUACUUUAUUUCGACUGAUUUAAGAGGAGUUUCAAAAAGUUUUGACCAUGUCAGGAUAUAGUUUUAACAGUCAAUUUCUGUAUAUUAUCAAGUUUUCAACUACUUAAUUCAAGCAGUACAUAGGCUUGGAAUCACAAAAGUAAAGAGCUGGGAUAAAGUAAUACCAUUUUGACCAUUGGUAUCAUAACAUUGAAUUUUCUGCUUUAAAGCUAUUUUUGAGUAUACAAUUAGUGUACUAUUGUUUCAUAUACUGUAUAAUUGAUGCUAUUGUUUCACCAUCCUUCAUUCAGUGAUAUAUAAAUAAAAAUUAAAUAAAUAAAUAGAACACCUGUCUGUAUUGAGUCUUUCUUGUAUGAAGUGAACAAUACUGUCUGAGACUAAUGUUCAAAAGUCAUAAGCAUGGUUGGAGAUUUGGCAAAUAGUUUUUGUCAAUUUCAAUAUCUCAAUGCCAAUAUUAUUGAACAAAUCAAUAUUUUAUUGAUAGAUUUACAAAUGAAAACUCGAGUAUACAUUUCAUUUGCUUGUUUGGUCAAUCCUACAUUUCCCUUGAAAACGUGUCACCUCCUAUAGAUCUGAUUCUGUCUUUAUGUAAAGUAGAAAUAUUGCCAAAAUUUGCUGAUAUGGGAAGGUCAAUGAAAUUAGAGAGGGGUCUAUUGAGAAUAAGUAAGACUCCCGAAAACAUGAGAUAUAUUUAGCAUCCUGAAGCUGGAAAGAUUAGAGUAGAUUAGAUCAUGCAAUGAGAGCUAAUGAAAUAAAUAAUUUGUCUGCAUUUUAUUGCCAGAAUAAAACCCAAUUGUCAAAAUAUAAAAUAUAAAAAAUAUAAAGAUAAAAUAAAUAAACAUAUAAAAAUAAAUUAUGUUUUAAAGUAAAUGAAACCGCCUUUGAACUACCCACACACUCAAUUACUGCCAAAUGAAAUCAAUUAUGUUAUUUUACCUUUCAUCUGCAUCUGCUGAUGUUGUGAUCAAUUCACACAAGAGUCUCUGAUGAGGUAACACAAUAUUAUACGAUGAAGACAGGAACAAUCUACAAGUAAAACAAAACUAGUUAGAUUAAAUAGUUGAAGUCUAACACCAAAAGGUGUCAUAAUAACUUAAAGAAUCAGUAAGGGACAUAACCUGAUUGGCUUUCUGGAGGAGGAGGUUAACUAUGAACAAACUUUGGCGGGAAUGGGGAUCCUAGCUUAAACCCUCAGAUAUCCCAUACCAAUCAAUCAAAUUUCAAUGAUCACAUUCUAAUCAAUUUGUAUAAUAUUAUUGACAGUUAUAUGUAAAUAACAUCCCAAAGCCAUACCAAAUGUCCAAAAAGUAGCCUGAUACCAUACCAAAUAUAGGAUCAAUGCCAUACCAAAUGUAUAAAUAAAUAAAUAAAUGUCUCUUAUAUAGGACAAACCAGAACAACGGCAACGCCAAAGCGUAGCGAAUCCCAUCGAACAGUCAUGGCUGGCUUAUUUACAAACAAAGUAUAUAG